AAUAAUUUACUGGAAAUGAAGCUGACUCAGAAGCUGUUCAGGAUAGUUGCAGAUCAAAGUAAAAAUUUUGGUGAAGUCAAAAAUUUUUGGAAACAACAUUUGACAUCUGCCAAAAUGUCAACCAAAACGUCAACCAAAACGGUAAAAGAUGUCCAGCAUAACAAAGAGAAGUGUGAAUUUUUUCUUCAAAUUUCUGAAGGUGGGCAGGCACUAAGGAAUCACAAGGCUCUCCUAUCUUAUGCUUGGGUUGACUCUGCCCACAUAGACAUGUACCAUACUGAGGUGCCAUCCAUAUACAGAGGACAGGGUGUGGCCAAACUCUUAGCCAAGGCCGCCUUUGACUUUGUUGUGAAAGAGGAUCUGAAGAUGACAUUGACGUGUACAUAUCUACAGAAAUAUUUCAGGGAGAAUCCCUUACCCCGAUUAUCAGAGUAGAGUUGUAUAGCUUGAGUAUGCCGUAAAGAAUUUUGGGAGUGGCAUCAAUUACAUAUCAGAUAAUUUAGUAACAAAAAUUGUCCGCCAUACUGGAGUACAUAAUUACCAUGGGUUAAUGGUUUAGCAGUCCGUCUCCAACAUGGCUGUCACCAAAAUAGGUCAUGAACAUGUUGCGGUUAUGUUGUGGUAAUUGUAGGUACAUCGAAAUGUGCGUCACUGAUAAUUACAUAGAAAUCUAUGUAUGUAUUAUGUGGAUAACACUGUAGUCAUUAUUGUAUGGAAAUGUACAACUCAACAGCGCAUGUGUCGCUCUCUUACCUCUUACCUCUUGACCUUUGGAGCCUGUGAGAUGCACGUAGCCUUGUUUAGGCUUAGCCUCAUCACUUGUCUCCUCUCGCGGAACAACUUAAUCAGCAUUUAUAAAUAAAAUCGUUCCAGGUUUUGGUUAGAAUCAUGUUGUGCAUGUGCUAGAUAAAGAGAAUGCAUGUGUAUAAAGUAUUAUCCGAGAUAAAGGCUGAGAUGGAUUGUUUGUGACCCCAGUGACCUCGGCAUUGUUGAAGAUUUCUGUACAAAAUUUGCUAUUGGUGGCAGUGAUGUGAAGCGAAAGAUAGAGUGACACAUGCAUGCAUACAUUGUACAUAUGUAGGUCUUCAUGUACAUACAUAUAUACAUACUGGUAUGGCUGGCUUACACUCAAAAUUUGUAACCUUUGAUUUCUGUGUAAACCUUUACAUGGUGACAUAUUUGAUUUCUCUGUAAACCUUUAUAUAGUGAUAUAUUUGAUUUCUGUGUAACCCUUUAUAUAGUGACAUAUUUGAUUUGUGUGUAAACUUUUAUAUAGUGACAUAUUUGAUUUGUGUGUAAACCUUUAUAUAGUGACAUAUUUGAUUUCUGUGUAAACCUUUAUAUAGUGACAUAUUUGAUUUCUGUGUAAACCUUUACAUAGUCACAUAUUUGAUUUGUGUGUAAACUUUUAUAUAGUGACAUAUUUGAUUUCUGUGUAAACCUUUAUAUAGUGACAUAUUUGAUUUGUGUGUAAACCUUUAUAUAGUGACAUAUUUGAUUUCUGUGUAACCCUUUAUAUAGUCGCUAUUUGAUUUGUGUGUAAACCUUUACAUAGUGACAUAUUUGAUUUGUGUGUAAACCUUUAUAUAGUGACAUAUUUGAUUUCUGUGUAGACCUUUAUAUAGUGACAUAUUUGAUUUCUGUGUAGCCCUUUAUAUAUUGACAUAUUUGAUUUCUGUGUAACCCUUUAUAUAGUGACAUAUUUGAUUUCUGUGUAAACCUUUACAUAGUGACAUAUUUGAUUUCUGUGUAAACCUUUACAUAGUGAUAUAUUUGAUUUCUGUGUAGACCUUUGUAUGGUGACAUAUUUGAUUUCUGUGUAACCCUUUACAUAGUGACAUAUUUGAUUUGUGUGUAAACCUUUAUAUAGUGACAUAUUUGAUUUCUGUGUAAACCUUUAUAUAGUGACAUAUUUGAUUUCUGUGUAACCCUUUACAUAGUGACAUAUUUGAAUUCUGUGUAACCCUUUAUAUAGUCACAUAUUUGAUUUCUGUGUAGACCUUUAUAUGGUGACAUAUUUGAUUUGUGUGUAGACCUUUAUAUGGUGACAUAUUUGAUUUCUGUGUAGACCUUUAUAUAGUGACAUAUUUGAUUUCUGUGUAACCCUUUACAUAAUGACAUAUUUGAUUUCUGUGUAACCCUUUACAUAGUGACGUAUUUGAUUUCUGUGUAGACCUUUAUAUGGUGACAUAUUUGAUUUCUGUGUAAACCUUUACAUAGUGACAUAUUUGAUUUGUGUGUAAACCUUUAUAUAGUGACAUAUUUGAUU